AGAAAAAACUGCAGUAGCUGUAGAGAAAUUGUUACUACAUGGCCUGAUUCUUCAAGGCUCACUCACGGAGACAUUAAAGAGUUGGAAGAAUUAUAUUGCAAUCACUUCACAAUGCACAUAGGAAUCAAAGUAUUCUCCGCCAUCGGCUGCCCAUUGAUUUUUGUGAUGAAAUGGCUUUGGGAUGAUUUUACUGUCACUGUGCAUGUUGCUCCUGCAGUUGUCUUGGUUGGACAAGCUGUGACAUUGUCCUGCCAUCUGAUAGGCCAGGUCCCUGCUAACAUUCAAGUGCAUUGUUACAAAAUGGAAAGGAACAAAAAUACGACAUUAUAUUUUUACAAUAGCACAGAAAAAGGGACUGAGGUGGGCCAGGCUGGGAACCGGCAGAGGAUCAAAGGACGAUAUGGGAAUGGAGUCGUUAGGGUGAAGCUCUUUCCAGCGCAAGUAGAAGAUAGUGGGCAGUAUGUGUGUGCGGUGACAAGCGAUGGUGUCUAUCAAGAAACUAUCGCCCAGGUGAUUGUUGCAGGUUUUGGAUCAGCACCUCGCCUAACUAUAGAACAUCAGCAGAAUAAUUCAAUCACUCUGAGAUGUACAUCCCAAGGGUGGUACCCACAACCUGAAGUACGCUGGACUGACAGCACAGGACAAAAAAUAACUGCUAUGGCUGAAACAAGAAUCCAGAAAGAUGUGACAGAUCUGUAUCAAAUCCACAGUACGCUCAGGGUAGCAGAUACUGCUUCUGACACCAUCUCAUGCACUAUAAUAAACCCCUUGCUGAAGAGGCACCAUGAAAAAGUUAUUGCAAUUUCUGGUUUCUUUGAUGUGGAGGCAGAACAUGACAUCAUUACAGCUGUAAUUGGAGAAAAUGCCAUUCUUCCCUGCCGGCUGAUUACGAAACAUCUGCCCCCUAGCAUGGAGCUGCAAUGGAGGAAAGUUGGACCUGGGGAGGUUAAGACAAUCUAUCUCUACUUCUAUGAUGAAAGCAGCCCCCGGGUUAAUUCUUAUCCACAGGAUGACAAAUGCUCAAAUGGUUAUUUGUCUCCAAAUGGAGUCAACAGCAGAGAAUGGCUCAGGAAGAAAUAUGAAAAAAAGGCAGAAGUUUUUAAAGGAAAGGAGUUUGGGAAAGGAAAUAUUUCUCUGAAACUGAACAAUAUUCAGGUGGAAGAUGCAGGGAAAUAUGUAUGUUCUGCCACAGCCAACUCAUUUCACAGAGAGAUCAUCACGGAUGUCUUGGUUAUAGAGGAACUCCAGGAGGAAACAGCCCAACUCAAGGAGGAAAAGGAGGAAUCCAAGGAGCAGAUUGGUGCCUUACUCUGUUUAUUGCUGUGUAUUGCUGUGACCAUCUUCCCUUUUCCAGGAAAAUGCAAAAAGGAACCCCAGGAGCAAACGGGAGACUUGGACAAGAGAAUAAAGGAACCCAAGGAGCAAACGGGAGACUUGGAAAAGAGAAUGAGAGAUUUGGAAAAGAGAAUGAAGGAACUCCAGGAGAAAAAGGAGGAACCCCAGGAGCAAAUGGAACAACUCCAGGAGGAAAAGGGAGACUUGAAAAAGAGAAUGAGAGAAAUGGAAGAGACAAUAAAGGAACCCCUGGAGGAAAUGGGAGACUUGGAAAAGAGAAUGAGAGAUUUGGAAAAGAGAAUGAAACAACUCCAGGAGGAAAAGCGAGAAAUGGAAAAAACAAUAAAACAACUCCAGGAGGAAAAGGGAGAAAUGGAAAAAACAAUAAAUGAAAUGAAGAAGGAAUUAGAAUGGAGAAGGGCUCGGAACAAUUCAGAUGAUAUCACUCUCCACGGAGUCACGGCCCACCCCAACCUCUCCAUUUCUGGGGAUGAGAAGAGUUUUAAACAUGAAGCCCAACCUCAACAAGUUCCACCAAAUCCAGAGAGAUUCGAUUCAACCAUCUGUGUGUUGGGCUCUGAAGGAUUCUCCUUUGGAAAGCACUACUGGGAGGUGGAGGUUGUGAGCAGCACUGACUGGGACCUGGGAGUGGCCAGAAAGUCAAUACAGAGAAAAGGAAAACUUUCUUUGUCUCAUAAAGAGGGAUUCUGGGCUCUGGGUCUGAGUGGGAGAGAUUAUUGGGCAAAAACAGACCCAUGGACCCGGGUCAUAGUGCAGAAAAAGCCCAAGAAAAUUGGAGUUUACCUUAGUUACCAAGAAGGGCAGGUGACUUUUUUCAAUGUAACUGACAUGUCUGUGUUGUUCACAUUUAAUGAAUGUUCAUUCUCAGGAGAGAUUUAUCCAUUCUUUAAAAAUUCACACAAAGAAACAUCAAUGAGAAUUUGUUCAGUUAAAGAGGAAUAAAUAUAACAUGACACUGAUGCUGAUUUUAUACUGAUGUAACUGAAAUCAAGGUUUUCAUGAAUGUAUUUUGAUGUAAAAAAAUCUGUUUGUUUUAAAUGUACAUUGUCAUGCUGUCUUCAUUACAUGUUUUGCAAUAAAAUGUUUUCAUUUCUUA